AUGGCCGCCACGAUCACAGCCUCUCUACUUUUCCUCGAGUCUGAAUCUGACGCUCCUAUCAGCCUUUAUAUCAACUCUCCUGGUGGCAGCGUAUCUGCUGGACUAAGCAUAUACGAUACUAUGCAAUAUAUUACUCCUCCUGUGUCGACCAUCGUCCUUGGACAAGCGGCCUCCAUGGGCUCAUUGCUGGCAGCCGCAGGCACGCCUGGCAAGCGCUACGCUCUUCCUCACGCCACGAUCAUGAUGCACCAACCUUCUGGUGGGUAUUCUGGUACAAGCGCGGACAUUCAGAUACAUGCGAAAGAGAUUCUAAGAAUACGCAACCAAUUGAAUGGCAUAUACAGGCGGCACCUGAAUGACAAAACGGUGGCGGACAGAAGAGGCAGAGAGAUCUCGCUUGAGGAGAUUGAGCGUUUGAUGGACAGAGACUACUUCAUGAGUGCCGAAGAAGCGAAACAGCUCGGGGUUGUUGAUGAAGUACUGGAAAGCAGGAAGAAACCCACGCAAGAUCAAAACAAACAGGAUUGA